AUGCUUCGACUAUUCGACCCCUCGGGUGUACGUCAAGAUGAUGGGAACGAGUUUCUGGUGUAUGCUGCCCUCGUCACAGCUGCCAUUGAUUCUGAGAAUGACGAUGGUCGGGCAAUGGAUUCUAGGCUCAUUUGCUCUUGCCCUCCAGGAAGUCGCUCCAAAGGCUCGCGGUAUCUCCCCACAAGCCUCACCUCGUUACGAAUCCCACAGUAG